CGUGGAAUCGGCCCGUGUAGGUGGCCACAUCGUCGCACCGGCAUCAGCAAGCAUCCUUUCUACAGGCCCAAGAAGGGAAAAUUUUAAGUUGAUCAAACAUGGAUCCACAAACGUUUCUAGACAUUGCCACCAAGGUCACAAAACUAAAGAUGUAUCCGUUUUUCGAUAUUGCACAUUAUACUUUGAUGUGCAUGGCGGUGAGAGAGGAUAUUCCACAAACCAGUUCAGGGUCACCAUUUUCCAGAAAACAUCCAUUAUCAUGUUGGCUGUCCAGUAUGCUGCUCUGUUUUGGAGGCAGUAUCAUCGCCAAUAUGUUACUAGGGGAGAGUAUGCUGUCACCAUUCAAAGACCACCGUAGCAUCCUCACAGCAACGGCUGUCUGGUACCUGAUCUUCUAUUCACCAUUUGACAUUGUCUACAAGAUUGGACGGUUCCUCCCCUGUAAGUUAGUAGUGGCAGCAUUGAAGGAAUGUCAAAGAGCACACAAAGUCUACCAUGCUGUCAUCCAUACUGCCAAGCUUUACCCGAAUGCCUACUUUAUAAUCAUUAUCAUAGGAACCGUCAAAGGUGCUGGAAGUGGUUUUAUGAAGAACUUUGAACGGCUGGUGCGAGGUUUGUGGAUCCCAGGUACCAAUGAACUUUUGCAACCAUCUUUCGUCACCAAAGCUUGUAUUGUGGCAUCAUCUGUAUUCCUGCUUGAGCGACUCAACUACAUCACCGCGCCUCAUCCUCUUAUCUACUUUGGCAUCGUCAUCUUCUUUGUGUACUUCAAACUCUCCGCACUGCUACUAGGCAUUCACGAUCCGUUUGCACCAUUUGAGAAUCUCUUCUGUGCCAUUUUCAUGGGAGGUAUGUGGGAUGCGAUGAGGAGGGCUGUUACAUCUGAGAAGAAAGAGGAAGACAAAGAAAACAAGAAUGACAUCCCAGUGAAGAGCAAAGAGGACAAGAAAAAGGAUUAAGCUCUGUCAUUAAUAAUAAUAAAUAUAGGGUUAUCAAUUAAGAAACUAGAGCUGACUAAAUGAUUUCCUAAUAUGGAGUUUGUCCAAAAAAAUGGGCCUGCAAAAGGGACUUAGUCAAUUGAUACGGGGGAAAUACAGAUAUUGCAUUUUGUGGAAUGCAGUAUACUGUCUUGAGGUAAAAGACAUUACGUUGUCAUACCUUUCUCAUCUGCGAAAUUUCUAUCAAAAUCCUUGCAUUUAUUUUCCACAAGGGUGAUCACAGAUUGAGAAGAAAUACAGCAUUAUCCUCAGAGAUAGAAGGGUUCCCUCGUAGGUGCUCCCUUUUGUAAUGAAGGAAUUUUCUAAAGCUUAUGUCAUUAAUGAUACUGUAAAAUAUUUAUACAUUCUGUUGAUAUUAGACUGGAGCUUUUCAAUUGAAUAAUUUAUAUAAAUGAAAAAUAUACAUGUACUAGUAAUCUUUUUGUUUUGAGAAAUUUGAAAGUUUUCACAUAAUGACAAUUACAAUAUCUGAUUAAAUAUACUGCUUAAUAUUUACAUGUUUUGUUUAUUUUUACUUUCUCACGUGAAUGUGAAAAAUUCUGAUUUUUUGCUGAACAUAUAUAUGGAAACAACUAGAUCUGAUGAAAGUCACAAUUAUAAACUGGUAGAAAUUAACUUUAUCAAAUUCAGUAUAAUAACCGAAACCAGUUUCUACAUUUUUGAAAAUCAAAAACUUGUAAUUGUAUAUAUAUACUGGUACAUGUACUAUACAUUUUAGCUGCCAUAGUUCCCAUUAGGGUGUAAUUAUUUAUCAACUCGAUAAUCAAAUAAAUAUAUAUUUUUUUAUUAUUGACUCACCAAAGAUUUCUACAAUCGAUGUGUGGCUUCAGGAACUUAACUAUCAAGCAUGAAUACCUACCUAAUGUAUAAUGCUGAGGCGGUUACCAUAGUCAGCAAGUCCUGAAGCGGUUUUCCUUAUUAGAAAGAUCUGAGGCAGUUACAUUUCAUCUUAUUUUUAUGAACACAAUUUGAGACUAUUAUGUCUGAUCUUUAGUUAUCAAAGAUAGAUAUAUAUAUAUCUGAUCUUGAUGUUACUAGAAAGCUCUGAGGUUAUUAUAUCUUACCUUAUUGAUAUUGAUAAGAUCCAAGACUGUUAUGUCUAGUAAUUAUUACUGAAUUCUGAGACAUUAUGUCUGAUAUUAUGGGCUGUAAUGUCCAAAUUUCAAUUGAGGAUAUUGUAGCAAAAGAACCCACAUGUCAAACGUUAUUAGAAACUUUUAAAUCCAUACUGUAUAUUCCCCGGUUUUAAAGUAAUACACUAGGCAUAAAACAUUCCCAAACAUCCCGUAGCUUACCCCUCACCUUGUGUAGAUGGGAGUCUGGUAUAGUAAUGUGUGCUGAACGAAUUUUGUCUGUACCAUUGUCACUUCUAUAGCAAUAUGAUGUCAACUUAGCUUUUUAAAAUGGGUGCCAGCAAGGAAAAACUGUUCAUGUAUCAACAUUAGUUAUAAGUGGAAAUCAUGGCUUUUUUGUUAUAUAUAGCAAACAUUCUACUGAUAGGAGGCGUAGUGAAGCAAUAAGUUUUCAGUAUCUGCCAUACCUAUUUGGACUAGUUUUAUGUCAGAAUGGAGUACAGGAAUUGACAAUGUCAAUUCAAUAAACGUCUUUGCAUUCACAUAAUAUUUUGUGUCAGUGAAGCAUUUCUUUUGCAAUAGAUAUUGUUUUGGUGUCUUGAGUCUUUCUCAGAACUAAUAUUUUCAGGUUUUAGAUCGAUUUCAUGAUUUACUUAAGCAGAUUGUAUAUAGUACUGACAUAAUUUGUUAGGGUGUGUAGUUGGUUUGAGUGACAGGUAUACAUGUUGUCUGGUGUAUACAAUUAAUACUGUGUAAGUGUUUUUAAUGAAAGAAUGUUGAAUGUGUUUUGGUGUUAAGCGUCUCACCCUUAUUUAGUUUCUUUACUGCACUACCUUCGGGCAACAGUAUCACAAAAUUACCGCUAAAUUGCGGUAAUUCAAAUUUUUAUUUUAUUUUCAAAUAUUAAAUAUUGUCUCGUGCUUGAAGUCAUUAUUUUCUAUAUAUACUGUAAAUCUUUAACUAUUUACCAGUAUAUCAAUGAACUUCUGAUGAAACGGCCCAUCUAACAGAUCAGAUUAAGGGAAUUAAUAAUAUUCUGAAGUAAGUAGUUCAGUAUAUAUUUUAGAGUCAUAUGAAUCAUACAGAAUCUUGGGAUCGGUCCAUUUCCAAACUGUAGAUAAUUAAUUGGAGUUUAUUUACUUUCCAAAAGCUAAAAAAAAAAAAGGAGAAAAAUAACUUUGAUAAGUGCUUUGGAUCCUCAAAUUUUUGCAGAUGUACAUAUGUCAUCUAGUUUGUGUGAAACACAGACUGAACUUUUCAGAUUGAGUUAUAGUGAUUUUCAUGUAUAAUCUUUUGUACUUUUUCAUCCACAGAUAUAUUUUCAUCUAGUAUGAAGGAUUAUUUUUAUUAUUAUUUUGCAGUGAACAUUUAUUUACAUAUAUAAUCAUUUGGCAGACAUAUUCAAGUUAGUAUUUCCUUCCCUUUUUAGUUAUUUUCCUUAUGUAAUUUCUUUUUGUGCAAUUUUGUAUGAUUUAUAAAAUUGUUUGCCAUAUAUUUGUAUGUUGUAAUUAUUUCAUAGAAUCUAGUCAUGCAUUGAUGAUUUUAAUUUCUGUUAAUUUUACAAAAAAUUAUUACGUUUUAGUCAGUAUGUAAAAAUACAUUCUCAUCUGUGAAAACCUUUGUAUAUGUUAUGAGUGUGAAAGCCAAUGCAAAAAAAAAAAAAACUAAAAAAACUCAAAACAUGUAUUGUGUUUAAUAUCAGAACUGCAAUUAAUCCAACUCAUUUACUUAAUUUCUUAAAAUGCUGGUGAGAACAGUUGCCUCUCUCCCCUUUCUUUUUGUCUUUGUUACUCAACAUUUUUUCAACUUGUAAGAAAUUUCUACAAUAAUAAUCAGGUGUCAUUCAAAAAUUGUUGAAUCUUCUGUCAGGUCAGAAGAUAAAAUGUUUUGUUUUGCCGGUGCCUUUUUUUUAUACGAUUCAUCAAGAACUGAUAGCCAUAAACGGCAUUGAUCAGAAUUAUAAUGUUGAUGAUCAAGAGCGCUGUUUAAUGUUGAUCAGUACUGUUUAAUCUGAACAGUGUUGAUCAUGGUUGAUGACCCUAUUGACCCUCUGUAGUGCUAAUGACCCUGAUGUAGAUACACGUGCUGAUGGCAGACUCUAAGUAGAGUUGACCAUGGCUUAUGGUCGCAUAUUGUAUUGUUGAUUUGAUGACCCUAUGUAGAGUUGAUCAUGGCUGAUGAUCCUGAAUAGUAUUGAUGGCCUUAAUUAGUGUUGAUCUUGUUGAUGACCCUACAUAGUGAUGAUCUUGAAGAUAACUGUUAUGUUGAUCAGAGUGGAUGAUCCUAAAUAGAGUUGAUCUUGUUGAUGACCCUACAUAGUGAUGAUCUUGAAGAUAACUGUUAUGUUGAUCAGAGUGGAUGAUCCUAAAUAGAGUUGAUGUUGCUGAUGACCCUACAUAGUGAUGAUCAGGACUAAUGACCCUACGUAGUGUCAGUAUUGGUUGAAAGUCAUAUGUAGCAUUGAUCAUGACUAAUGGCCCUAAAUGCUGUUGAAAGUCAUAUGUAGCAUUGAUCAUGACUAAUGGCCCUAAAUGCUGUUGAAAGGAUGUAGUGUUUGAUCAAGAUGAAUAGUCCUACAUAGUGUUGAUCACAGCCAACAGCCCUACAUAGUGUUGAUCAACGUAAACAGCUCUUCAUUGUGUUGAUAAUGGUCAGUAGCCCUAUAUAGUGUUCAUCAUGGUAAACAGCCCUACAUAGUGUUGAUCAUGGUGAAUAGCCCUAAAUAGUGUUGGUCAUGGUCAAUAUCCCUAAAUAGUGUUGGUCAUCGUCAAUAGCCCUACAUAGUGUUGAUCUUGGUAAACAGCUCUUCAUUGUGUUGAUCAUGGUCAAUAGCCCUACAUAGUGUUUAUUAUGGCUAGUGACUCUUCAUAUUGUUGAUUUCAGCUGAUAUUCUUUGUGAUGUUGAUAUAUGUAUAUGUACUGUAGUGUUUAUUAGCACUAAUGGUCUUUUGUCAUGUUUAUUUUAGUAGAAAACCCCUGUGAAGCGUUGAUUGUUACUUGUAGGUAUGUCUUUUACAGUUGUAUUCUGUUUGUUUAGUAAACCUGACUGCAUGUGUGUACCAGAGUAAAUAAUUAGACUGAAAAAGAUGCGUGUCUAUUUUCCCUGAUGGUCAAGUUUAUUCUGGAAAGUUUGUUGUGUACAUCAUGAAAUUCCUCUCAAUAAACAAGAGAUAAAAAACGGA